AAAUACAUGUUUAAAGCAGUUUCAAAUCAACUUCUGCUCAAGACAGUUCAAGUUCAGUGGAGGAACGAGCAACACCACAUCGUCAUCAUUCAUGCUGUGAAUCUGUGAGUGGCGAUGGCGUCUGUUAAAGAGCAGCUUCUGAACUCGCUGAAGGACCUGACAGAAGAUCAUCUAAAGGAGUUUCAGUGGACCUUAGAAAAUGAUCAUGAGUGUAUAUCAAAGUCUGAAAUGGAGAAUGCAGAUAGGUUGAAAACUGUGGAUAAGAUGGUGGAGUGUUUCGGGCCAGAAGAAGCAGUGAAGAUCACAGUGGAGAUCCUGAGGAAGAUAACCCAGAAUGAUCUCGCUGAGCAGCUGGAGAACAAAUGCAAGCAAGGCUCAGCUGAAGAUAACAGACAAGCUACUCUUCAUGAUUACACAGAGACCAGCUGCAGACUGAAAGACAAAUUAAAACUGGACUACAGGCGGAUAUUGGUUGGUAAUUCACAGACGGGUCAUCAGAAAAACCUGAACGAUAUCUACACUGAUUUAUAUGUGGUGGAGAAUGAGACUGGAGGAAGAGUGAACGAGCACGAGGUGAUACAGAUCGACUCUCACAACCGACCGACUGCCAAGGAGACUCAAGUCAAAUGUAAUGACAUGUUUAAACAAAACUCAAAGGUACUGACGAUGGGGAUCGCAGGGGUGGGAAAAACUGUCUCUGUCUAUAAAUUCAUCCUCGACUGGGUUGAUGGAAAAGAAAAUCAGGAUAUAACCUUAAUUUUUCCUCUUCCAUUCCGUGAGCUAAACCUGAUUACAGAGAACUGCAGCCUCAUGGAAAUGCUGCACGAACACUUCUUUAGUGAUCCUAAAGAACUGCCCUCUCUUCCUAAAGGUGACAGGAAGGUCUUGUUCAUUUUUGAUGGACUGGAUGAAUGGCGCUUCCCUUUGAGCUUUACAGAUGGUGGCAGAUUUACAGAUGUUCACAAAAAAACAACAGUGAGUAAGAUAGUUACAAGUCUUAUAAAGAGACAUCUGGUUCCCUCUGCUCUCAUCUGGAUCACUUCCAGACCAGCAGCAGCCAGUCUGAUACCCCGAAGAUACAUUGAUCAGCUGACAGAGGUGCGAGGAUUUAACGAUGAGCAGAAAGAGCAAUACUUCAUCAAAAACAGCAUUUCUGAGGUUGCUCGAAAUAUCAUCAGUCACAUCAAGAAAUUCAGGAGUCUGUACAUCAUGUGCCAUAUCCCCGUCUUCUGCUGGAUCUCUCUCACUGUUCUUCAGACUCAAAAGACCAAUGACAAAACUCCCACAACUCUCACAGGGAUGUACAUAAGCUUCUUAAUUUCUCAGAUGCAAAAGAUGGAAGAAAAAUACUGUGAUGUGCCAAAACCUAAAGCCAAAGUCAGGUCUUUUGAUGAGAUUAUUCUGAAGCUUGGCAAACUGGCCUUUCAACAGCUGGAGAAAGGUCAACUGAUUUUCUACAAAGAAGAUCUUGAGAAGUGUGGACUCGAUGUCAGUGAAGGGUCAGUGUUCUCUGGGUUAUGCACUCAGAUCUUUCAGAAGGAAAAGGUUUCAGCCAGAAGUGUUUACAGCUUCGUACAUCUCAGCGUACAAGAAUUCCUUGCAGCUCUUUAUGUGUUUUUUAACAACAAAGACAAGAAAGCAAACCCAUUUUUUCCAUUCUGGCAAAAAAUGACAGAGAAACUCUCCAAAAAGUCACUGUUUCAGCUUCAUAAGGCUGCAAUCAACAAGGCUUUAGAAAGCAAGAACGGACACCUGGACCUUUUCCUUCGGUUUCUCCUGGGUCUCUCACUGGAGUCCAAUCAGAGUGACCUGAAGGAACUACUGCCAGGACUGGAACUCAAAUCAGAGAACGUUAAAGACACUGUUGACUAUAUCAAAAAGAAAAUAGAAAAGGAGAAAUCAGUAGAGAGGACCAUCAAUCUCUUCUACUGUCUGAGUGAACUGAAAGAUGACCUUGAGGGGGAAAUCCAGAAAUACCUGAGCUCAGGAAAUCUUUCAGCACAGAAUCUCUCCUCUGCUCAGUGGUCUGGUCUGGUGUUUGUGCUCCUGAUGUCAGAAGAGGCUCAAGAGAUGUUUGAACUGCAGAAAUACAGAAAAUCUGAUGAAGCAGUGAUGAGACUACUGCCAGUAAUCAAAAACACCAGAAGAGCACUGCUACAUAGCUGCAAUCUCACUGCUCAGUGUUGUAAGAGUUUGUCUUCAGUUCUUCAAACCUCAAACUCCUUCCUAAGAGAGCUGGACCUGAGUAACAAUGACCUGCAGGAUUCAGGAGUGAAGCUUCUUUCUGAUGGACUGAAGAGCCCAGACUGUCAGCUGGAGAUACUGCGGCUACAUAGCUGCAAUCUCACUGCUCAGUGUUGUGAGAGUUUGUCUUCAGUUCUUCAAUCCUCAAACUCCUUCCUAAGAGAGCUGGACCUGAAUACAAAUGACCUGCAGGAUUCAGGAGUGAAGCUUCUUUCUGAUGGACUGAAGACCCCAGACUGUCAGCUGGAGAUACUGCGGUUACAUCACUGUAAACUCACUGUUCAAACUUGUGAGAGUUUAUCAUCAGUUCUUCAAUCCUCAAACACCGUCCUGAGAGAGCUGGACCUGAGUGACAAUGACCUGCAGGAUUCAGGAGUGAAGCUGCUUUCUGAUGGACUGAAGAGUCCAAACUGUCAGCUACAGAUACUGAGGUUACUUGGCUGUAAUCUGACCAUUCAAUCUUGUGAGAGUUUGUCUUCAGUUCUUCAAUCCUCAAACGUCCUGAGAGAGAUGGACCUGAGUAACAAUGACCUGCAGGAUUCAGGAGUGAAGCUGCUUUCUGAUGGACUGAAGAGCCCAAACUGUCAGCUACAGAUACUGAGGUUACAUCACAGUGAUCUCACCGUUCAAUCUUGUGAGAGUUUGUCUUCAGUUCUUCAAUCCUCAAACGUCCUGAGAGAGCUGGACCUGAGUAACAAUGACCUGCAGGAUUCAGGAGUGAAGCUGCUUUCUGAUGGACUGAAGAGUUCAAACUGUCAGCUACAGAUACUGAGAUUUUUCACUUGUAAUUUCACUGCUCAGUCCUGUGAGAGUUUGUCUUCAGUUCUGCAAUCCUCAAACACCGUCCUGAGAGAGCUGGACCUGAGUAACAAUGACCUGCAGGAUUCAGGAGUGAAGCUGCUUUCUAAUGGACUGAAGAGUUCAAACUGUCAGCUACAGAAACUGAGAUUUUUCACUUGUAAUUUCACUGCUCAGUCCUGUGGGAGUUUGUCUUCAGUUCUUCAAUCCUCAAACACCGUCCUGAGAGAGCUGGACCUGAGUAACAAUGACCUGCAGGAUUCAGGAGUGAAGCUUCUUUCUGAUGGACUGAAGAGCCCAAACUGUCAGCUACAGAUACUGAGAUGUGCCAUGUGUAAUUUCACUGCUCAGUCGUGUGAGAGUUUAUCAUCAGUUCUUCAAUCCUCAAACACUGUCCUGAGAGAGCUGGACCUGAGUAACAAUGACCUGCAGGAUUCUGGAGUGAAGGUGCUUUCUGAUGGACUGAAGAGCCCAAACUGUCAGCUACAGAUACUGAGGUUACUUGGCUGUAAUCUGACCAUUCAAUCUUGUGGGAGUUUAUCUUCAGUUCUUCAAUCCUCAAAAGUCCUGAGAGAGCUGGACCUGAGUAACAAUGGCCUGCAGGAUUCAGGAGUGAAGCUGCUUUCUGAUGGACUGAAGAGCCCAAACUGUCAGCUACAGAUACUGAGAUGUGCCAUGUGUAAUUUCACUGCUCAGUCUUGUUGGAGUUUAUCUUCAGUUCUUCAAUCCUCAAACGUCCUGAGAGAGCUGGACCUGAGUAACAAUGACCUGCAGGAUUCUGGAGUGAAGCUGCUUUCUGAUGGACUGAAGAGCCCAAACUGUCAGCUACAGAUACUGAGAUUGUCUGGCUGUAUGGUGACAGAGGAAGGCUGUGGUUAUGUGUCUUCAGCUCUGAGUUCAAACCCCUCACACCUGAGAGAGCUGGAUCUGAGCUACAACCACCCAGGAGAUUCAGGAGUCAAGCUGCUCUCUGAUAAACUCAAGGAUCCAAACUACAGACUGGAAAAACUCAAUGUGGAUCAUGGAGGAGAGAUCAGGAUUACAGCAGGACUACACAAAUAUCUUCUUCCGCUCACUCUGGAUCUGAACACUGUGUGUGAUCGCCUCUGUCUGUCUGAGGAGAACAGAGAGAUUACUAACACACACAUUACUGUGUUUUUUGGCACUGGCACUGACACACUCCAGCCGUAUCCUGAUCAUCCAGACAGAUUUGAUGAUGUGUCUCAGGUGUUGUGUAGAGAGAGUGUGUGUGGACGCUGUUACUGGGAGAUUGAGUGGAGUGGGAGAGGUGUGUUUAUAUCAGUGUCAUAUAAGAGCAUCAGUAGGAAGGGAGAGGGUCAUGAGUGUGUGUUUGGAUAUAAUGAUCAGUCCUGGAGUUUGAACUGCUCUCCCUACAGUUACUCAUUCAUACACAAUAACAGACAGACUGAUCUCACUGUAAAGCCCAUCAGCAGGAGAACAGAAGAGUGUGUGUGUUACAGGAGAAUAGGAGUGUAUGUGGAUCCCAGUGCAGGAACUCUGUCCUUCUACAGCGUCUCUGACACAACGAGCCUCAUACACACAGUCCAGACCACAUUCACACACACACUCUAUCCUGGGUUUGGGGUUUGGUCUGGAUCAUCAGUGAAACUUUGUUGAAGAGUGAGAACAGACUGUACCCAUAAUGCUUUGGGUGCCGCAUGAUAAAGCAGUCAGAGUGAGAUGUUGUUGCGUCUCUUAUUGUCUCUUGAUUCCAGUAAUAACAGCUGACCUGCUGUCAGUGAAAUAAAGAGAAAGCCAGAAGAACAGGCAGUGACACACAGAGAAGAGAGAGGAAAUAUGAGACACAAUGAGACUCACUGCAAACAUGUCUGAUGAUACGAGCCAAUCCAAGACUUUCACUUUCAGACAUUCAUAGAUGUGUGUGUUAGGCUCCUCCCCUUCACUUCUGGAUCCAGUUUAAAACACCAUUACUUUGCUCUGGGUGAUGUGUGUAUUAUUACAGACGGCUCUGUUGAUAUAUAGUGUGUGUACUGGACUAAACCUGUUAGUGGCUGUUCUUCUUUUAUUAUUAGUUCUGCUUUAUCUUUUGAUUGUUCGUCUCUGUUGUUGUACAAAUUCAAGAAAUAAAACACUCUGAAAGAUCAUCUCAAAACACAGAGAUGAGAAAGUUACAAGCAACAAUUAAAGUCAAGUGUGUGUGUGUGUGUGUGUGUGUGUGUGUGUGUGUGUGUGUGUGUGUGUGUGUGAUGGCUGGGAAGGUGAAGUGGGUGACGGACAUGGAGAAAUCGGUGCUGAUCAAUAACUUUGAGAAGAGAGGAUGGAUCCAGGUGACGGACAGCGACGACUGGAACUUCUACUGGCAAGAGCUCGUUUCAUUUCAUCCGUUCACACUGACACUGCAAAGCUGAAGUACACACUGAAGCACUUGAUCAGAUCAGUGCUAGGGCUGAAUCCAGUUUCACACACACACUACUGGUGUUCAGAUGAACUGUUUGAGCCGUUCACGGUGGACUGUGGUCGUACGACUGUGUCCUGAGGGAAAUACUACUGUGCUGUAUGAGUGGGGGAUUCACACUUAAACUUGCUUUAAAUAUUUCACAGAUGUUUUCAGACAUUACAAACAAAGUCUGGAGGAUUCAUGAACAUUACUUUAAUAACAUUUACUUACAAUUUAAGACUUUUUUAAACAUAAUUUCCAAAACCUGUCCUAAAAAAUCUCAUUAACGCAACAGUCUGAAAACAUCAACACUGUUAGAAUAGCAAACAUUUUCACAUAUCUUUAAAAAUGGGUUAUUAACAGUCAUGCACAUUUACUUAACUCUGAAAUAAUAUUUAUUUUUAAAUUAAGUUUUUUUGUGUGAUUUCUCUCAUUUCCUGCAACACCUUGCUCCUACAAUUUACAAUCUACAAUUUUUAUAUAAUUCAAUGGAAAUAUAUUUUCACAAUGAUAUGACCUGAAAGAUCAUAAUGUCACAGUCCUCCGUCUGCACCAGUCUGUCUUGUCAUCAGCACUACACUUCCCAGGAUCCUCUUGUCUCCACUCCUGAACUCACUCCCUCAUCAGCCACCUGUUCCUCGUCUUUAUCAUCUGUGUCACCUGUUCUCACCUCAUUAUUUCUGAUUCCUGCUUGUAUUUAGUUCUCCCUCAUUCAGUCAGUCUUUGUCGGUCAAUGUUUGAUGUUAGCCUGUGUGGUGCCCGUAUUCCUGUCUUCCAGCCUGUGUUUUGUAUAUUUAAAGUAAUCUUUACCGAUAUUCCGGACUCCUCGUUCCUCUGCCUGAACCACACCCUGACACAUAAUGUGUAGAUUCUGUGCAUACAUUUAUAACCAAACUAAUAUUUUUGUAUUAAUUAAA